UAUAACCUGAGGUGUCUGUCUUCCUGUCUUGGGAUUGUCCUGAGUCCUGACAGAAUGGUUGGGCAGUGAGGAGACCGAUCAAGGGGCGGAGGAGGAUACGGCUUAUAGAAGUUGAGGCUCAUUUUACGUCAGGCUCCUGAAAGUUUCGGGGCUCUCGUGGGACGGAGGGAACCUCGGAGAAGACUUGAUUGACAUACGGACUUCCAAGGCGGCACAAUGAAUGAGCGGAGCCCGCUGCUCACCUACCGGCUCUCCAGCAUAUCUACCGAGGAGUCUCACGGAGAUGGACCGAAAAGCAGAAAACCAGCCCCCAAAAAGCUCUCUACCUUCCUGGGGGUGGUGGUGCCCACCUUACUGGCGAUGUUCAGUGUUGUGGUUUUCCUCAGAGUUGGGUUUGUGGUUGGCCAGUCUGGCUUAUAUGAAACUGUGGGCAUGCUUGUGUUGGCGUAUGCCAUAAUCAGCAUGACUGUGCUGUCAGUCUGUGCCAUUUCUACAAACGGAGCCUUGGAUGCCGGGGGAGCCUACUAUAUGAUCAGUCGGGCCUUGGGACCUGAAUUUGGUGGCAGCAUUGGCAUCAUGUUUUUCUUGGCUAACGUGUGUGGCAGUGCUCUGUACAUCCUUGGUCUGGUGGAAGCCAUUGUGGACAUGUUUGGAAUCUUAUCAUCUGAAAGCAUUAAGAAUGGCCUUCAUGUACUACCUCGGUCUUAUUGGUACGAGCUACUUUAUGGCACUGUCCUGCUAUUCAUCUGCCUGGUCGUCUGCUUGGUUGGUGCCAGUAUUUAUGCGAAGGCUACCUUUCUCAUCUUCAUUGUGGUCAUGGUGGUUCUGAUCAGUGUCUUCAUCAGCUUUUUUGCUGUGACAGAGCGAAUUAUUCCCCUGUUUACCGUUGGCAACAACAGCAGUUUCAUAAAUGGGACCUUCACAGGCUUCAAGCUCUCAACUCUUAAAAAUAACCUCAACCCUGGCUACACCACGGAUUACACUACAGGAAGAAUGAUGAGUUUCACCACUGUAUUUGCAAUAAUGUUUAAUGGCUGCACAGGAAUCAUGGCUGGAUCCAACAUGUCAGGAGAUUUAAAGAAUCCAAGCUACUCAAUCCCCAGAGGAACAAUAACGGCAGUGAUCUUCACUUACAUUAUCUACAAUUUGCUGGCACUGAUGAUCAGCUGUACCUGUGACAGGAAUCUCUUACUAUACAACUAUGGUUUUUUGCGGGACAUCAAUAUCUGGCACCCCUUUGUCACCAUAGGGAUUUACUGCUCUACCCUGUCAGCCUCCAUGAGCAACCUGAUCGGAGCCUCCCGCAUCUUGUACGCUUUGGCAAAGGAUGAUCUCUUUGGAAUACUUCUAUCUCCAGCCAAGAAGACAUCUCGAGGAGGAAACCCCUGGGUGUCUGUCAUUAUAUCCUGGUUCCUGGUUCAGAUGGUUUUGUUUGCAGGGAAACUAAACACCAUUGCUGCCAUUGUUACCAUUUUCUUCUUGUUGGUCUACGCAGCAGUAGGACUGGCUUGUUUGGCACUAGAAUGGGCCUCUGCACCGAAUUUCAGGCCAACAUUUCGUUACUUUACUUGGUAUACAUGUAUUCUGGGAAUUUUAGGAUGUGUCAUCAUGAUGUUCCUUAUCCAACCCAUCUACGCCUCUGCCAGCAUUGCCUUCAUGUUGGUACUUCUCUUGUGUCUGCACUACGUGGCACCAAGCCACGGCUGGGGCUUCAUCAGCCAGGCUCUUAUCUUUCAUCAGGUGAGGAAGUACCUUCUCAUGUUAGACGUCCGUAAGGAUCAUGUCAAAUUUUGGCGCCCCCAGGUUCUGCUGCUAGUCUCCAACCCACACAGCCAUAAAAGCCUUAUCACCUUCACCAAUGAUUUGAAAAAGAGCGGACUGUUUGUGCUGGGACACGUAAGCCUGGAUGAAUUAGAUGCCCUCCCUUCAGAUCCUCUGCAAACCCAGUCAGACUCAUGGUUAGAGUUAGUGGAUGAGCUGAACAUCAAGGCUUUUGCUAACCUGACACUGUCGGAUUCAGUGAGACAUGGGGCCCAGCAACUUCUUUUCAUCUCUGGACUAGGAGGCAUGAGGCCCAACACUGUUGUUCUGGGAUUCUUUACUCGUUCAAGUCCUGAAGAAUUGCUUAAAAGUGAACAAGAAUUAAAUAAAGAUGUUUCCAACUCAUUUAUCUUUUCCUCUGCUGGUUUUAAGACAUCUAGAGAAAACUUCUCUGCAUGGGAAUAUGUGGCCAUUAUUUCUGAUUCCAUCAAAAUGUCCAAAAAUGUGGUGCUGGCAAGAUAUUUCUCUGAAUUUGACAGAUCCCAGGUGUGCAGUAUACGUGGCAAAGAGACUUACAUUGAUGUGUGGCCACUUAACCUCCUACGACCAGACAGUACAGCCUACGUGGACACCUGCAGUCUUUUUCUCCUACAAAUGGCAUGUGUCUUGAAUAUGGUGCGUUCCUGGAAAAAGGCCAAGCUACGUCUUUAUCUUUGUGUGGAAGCAGAGAGUGGUCUAAGAGGCCAGGAGGUCAAACUAAAGCAGCUCCUCAAAGACCUUCGCAUAAAGGCUUCCAUCCAGACAGUGGUAUGGGAUUCAGUGGUUGCAUUGCACUGGCACAAGCAAGUUGCUGGUGAUUCAGAAGCAUCUGAAGAGGCAUACAUGAACUUUCCCAACAACUCUAUCAGGAUCAAUGAUGACUAUCUUUAUGCUGUUAACCAGAUGAUACUGUCACAGAAUGUCACAUCUCCCCCAGCAGUUAGGUUCUUGUACCUUCCUCGUCCACCUGCAGACACAGCAGUCUACAACAGGUUUCUCCACCAUUUGGAGACCAUAACCAGAAACUUGGGACCCACUUUGCUUAUUCAUGGAAUUACUGCUGUCACAAGCACAGAGCUUUAAAAAAGGAUUGAAAUGUGUGCAGCAUUUUGGAAUUGGCAGCACCCUUGAUGUUGAGAGUCUGGUUUAGGCAUGAUAGCCUUAUAUUGUAUAUAUAUAUAAAGUUUCCUUUGGGUACUAGUACUUUGGUCAUUUCUUUUUCCAAGGCUGUUUCCAGUUUUCUUUAUAUUACUUUAACACCAGGCUUUGUGCACAAAAAUAUGUUUUCCAACUUAAGAAAACUGAUAUACAGAAAAAAGCAUACAUAUUGCUUAUUGUUCUGUUACUGCAUACUACAGGAGGUCCCGCCUAAUACUAAGGAAGGCAACAUCAGACAAUGAACGUUGAGACAUAAAUGCUAAAGGGGAAGAAAUACAGAACGCUGACACAUAAAAUUCCAGUGGUUAAACAUGAUAUACAGUGCAUUAAUAUCAUGAAUCCUGUGAUGUGGAUUGUAAUAAUUACAUUGACACUGCGUGAUUAUUCAGUGUCUCUGAACUGGAUUUUUUUAGGGUAACUUAUGUCCUGUGACUCUGGUACUGUUAUGAAUUAAGAGGCCUGCUACACCCAGGAGACAUACUUAUCUCCCCAUAACCUUGUACACGAUUGAUAUGUGAUGGUAGUUUGGGUAAUGCCUGGAAAAGACAAAUCUUUUUCUGAAUGUGAUGGUAUUAUUGCCUCCUUGCGGUCCAAUUACAAUCCCAUUUGAGGCCUAGCACUAAGCAUUCUUAGUUUCAUUAAUUUCUCUUGCCCUUUGCUAAACCUUUUUUUAACAUUGAAAACUCAGGAAUAAAACUGGUUUCUUAAAAUUUAAAGCACUAAGCAAA